UUCAAUCCUCCAUCUAUUAGCGUCGUCAUCAGUAACUUAAUCCUAUCAGUCGAUCGGUCGGAACUAAAAAAAUCACAAGCUAGCCAUAAAAAUCUAAACACGAGUCCCCUCUUAGCCAAUAAUAAAACAACAAAAAACAAACAAGAACAAGAACAAGGAGAAGAAGCUUAUCAAGUCGUCGUCGUCUUCAAACUGAGGAUGGCGACGACGACGGAUCCAAAUCCCUCGGACACGUCACUGGAUCCGUCAGCUUCUAAUUUAACGAACUCUUCCUCAAAUGAUAAUAAUUUGAAUUACACGACUCAGCCGCCAUGGCCAGACUUGUCGGUGUCUGUUCCCAAAGGCUGCAUUCUCGGGUUCAUAAUAAUAGCAGCGGUCUUUGGAAAUCUCUUAGUGAUAGUGUCGGUCAUGCGUCAUCGUAAAUUACGCAUAAUAACAAAUUACUUUGUGGUAUCGCUUGCUCUCGCUGAUAUGCUGGUGGCGAUGUUCGCGAUGACAUUUAAUUUAAGUGUCCAGGUGACGGGUCGUUGGCUGUUCGGGUAUUUUAUGUGCGACGUAUGGAAUUCAUUGGACGUGUACUUCAGCACUAGUUCAAUACUUCACCUGAUGUGUAUAUCAGUAGAUCGUUACUACGCGAUCGUGAUGCCACUCAAGUAUCCGAGCAAUAUGACGAAACGUGUUGUCGCGUAUAUGCUGCUAGCCUGCUGGGUAUCGCCGGCGAUCAUAUCAUUUGUACCGAUUUUCAAUGGCUGGUACACGACCAGCGACAAUGACCACUUUCGUCACUUGCAUCCUGACGUAUGCGAGUUCAAAGUUAACGAAGGCUACGCCAUUUUGUCCUCGAGUAUCUCAUUUUGGAUACCUUGUACCAUUAUGACGCUGACGUACUUGGCGAUAUUCAAGGAGGCCAACAAACAAGAGAAGCAAAUGCACAGCAGGAUGGGGAACGCGAUGCUUCUGAGCCAUCGGCCGAGUCGCGACCUCAACAACCUCAAUGGCGAACUCAACAGCGGGGGUUCAUCUAAAACGCUUACGCUCAACGAAAUAAAUACGGAUCAUCUGCACACGCCGACCAAGGACAAAAAUUUGAUUAAAAUGAAGAGAGAACACAAGGCUGCGCGCACACUUGGAAUAAUAAUGGGCACAUUUAUCUUGUGCUGGCUGCCAUUCUUCCUCUGGUAUGUCACGAUAAGUCUGUGCGGCUCAAAAUGCCACUGUCCGGAAAUAGUCGUCAGCAUUGUCUUCUGGAUCGGCUACACCAAUUCCGCCCUAAAUCCACUUAUUUACGCUUACUUCAAUCGCGACUUUCGGGAGGCUUUCAAAAACACACUUCAGUGUGCAUUCUGCUCGCUCUGCAGAAGAGAACCCUUUGAUCUUGAGACUCUUGAUAUACGAAGACCGUCUUUGAGGUAUGAUGACCGUACAAAAAGUAUGUACACAGAGACCUACAUCAAACACAACGAUCGAAGAAGAUCGAGCGAGUACGGGAGCAGCCUCUGAGACGAAACGAAAUUUAGAUUUUAAAUAAAAAAAAAAAAUAAAUAAUAAAUAAAUACAAGCAAUUAAAUGCAAUUGUCAUAAUAAUCAAUAUUGAAUUAAAUUAUAAAUUAAAUAUUGUCAUAUAUUUUUUUUAUAUUACCGCAUAAAAGAUAUUUUAUAAUGCUGAAUACUUGUCAUAUAAAUAUUACCGUAAACGUCUACUUCAUAUCAUGUAAUUAUUUCAUUGAUAGGUACUAUUUAUUUAAUGCCGCCAAAAUUUAAUCGUUUAUUUAUACUCUCGCUCGUGUUGUUAUAAACACAGAGCAAGUUACAGAGCAAGUUAAGAAUUAAUCAAUCACUGAGCUUAGACUUGUAUUUUCAUUUAUUAUUUAUUAUCAUAAUUGUUUUCCCAACAGGAUUUUAUUUCGCGUCGAGCUGAUACUCAACGGCCUUUUUUUCUAUUUUUUCAUGUUGUCUUAGGAAUUCUAUGGCUGAAGAGUUUAAACUGAGAAAAUGAAAAAAUAAAAAAUUUUUUUUUCUUUGCGAUACUUAUCAUAGAAUCAUCGAAUCACGAUACCAAAGUUUAAUUAUACCAUUAACUAUCUCUAAAAAUAAAACCAAAGAGUUAUUUAUUAUAGGAGUAAUCGAUUUAAUCGCCACUGAAAAUGAAAAUCGCCUCGUACGCUAUAAAUUUAUAACUUUUAAUAAUUAAACCCUUUGUAGCUAAAUAAUGUUUGUAUAGAAUAUUAUUUAAAUGCUCUCUACAUAAAAUUAAUUAAAAAUAUCAACUCAGCAUCGUCAUCUUUUAAUUUCAUUUUUAAAGAAUCAAUUUUUUAAAUUAUUUUUUUCAUUUACUUCGCCUGGAAAAAAAUACGUAGAUACGCGCAGAUAUGACCAUACAUACCCGUACAUGAUCAUAUAUGACCAUAUAUGAACAUAUAUGAGCACAUACAGUCAUAUAUGAGCAUAGAUGAUCAUUUAUGGAUAUAUAUAAUCAUUUAUUAACAUAUUUGAGUACAUAUGGACAUAUAUGACCAUAUAUGAACAUAUAUAAGCACAUACAGUCAUAUAUGAGCAUAUAUGAUCAUUUAUGGACAUAUAUAAUCAUUUAUGAAUAUAUAUGAGUUAUAGGAACAUAUAUAAAUACAUAUGAGCAUAUAGAAGCAUAUAUAUGAUUAUUUAUGAACAUUUUUGAGUGCAUAUGUGCAAAUAGAAGCAUAUAUAUGAUCAUUUAUGAAGAUAUACGAGUUAUACGGACAUAUAUAAGCAUAUAUGGAUAUAUAUGGUUCAUUAUACAUAAUUUAGGGCCUGGUCAUAUAAAUACAAAUAUGAUCAUAUAUGAGCAUUUAUGGUUCAUACAUGAGUCAUAUAAUCAUAUAUAAGUUUGGGCCUGAUCACUCAUAUUAAUAGAUAAUCAUAUAUGGUCAUAAUGGAAUUUAAGUCUGAUCAGAUAUUAACAUAUCUGAUCAGAUAUCAUCAUAUAUGACCAUAUAUAUUCAUAUAUGAAGCUAUAACAGUAUAGGAUAUUUCAUAUAAGAUAAUCGAUCAGAUAGAAUCAUUUUUCAUAUCUGAUCAUAUCUGAAUAUUUUUUUCCGGAUCAUUCUCAGGGUUUCAUUACAUUAGAUGAAAAAAAAAAAUCAGUUAAUUUAAAUGAAUUAAGAGGCAAUAUGUAACGUAUGCUCAAGAGCCAAAUCAUCAUCGUUCACCAAACGAACUUUAUUACAAAGAAAUAAAAAAAAUAUAUAUAUACAUAUAUAAAUAAGUAAAUCGUGUAAAUAAUAGCUAUAAAUAAAUAAAUAAAUAAAGUAAAAUAUAUAAAUAAGUUCCACGGGAACGAGACUGGCCUGACAUAUUUAUACGAAACCAACUCGUGAAGGAAAAUAUGAACGCUGUAUAAUUAAUUAUAAUAUUGAUAAUUAUUAUAAUAAUUAUAAUACUAUAAUAAUAAUAAUUAUAGUUAGAAAUUAAAUUAGGGAGACAGUGCAAUAUAUAAAAUAUAUUGUUGAGUAUAAUUAGGUGCGUAUGGAUGUUAAUGAAUGUUAGUUUUGCGAUAAUAUAUUAUAAAUAUAUAUUGCUGUUACUUGCCGUACUGAGUAUAUUGUAUAUUAUAUAUAUGACGCAAUAAUAUAUUUAUGUGGGAAGACGUUUAUUUGGUGACAUGAUGAAUUCCUCUGUUCUUUUCAGCGAAUUAUGAGUUUAAAACCCGUCAGUUGUAGCUAAUUAACUUUUCGUCAUACACAACACGCACACACGAUUUACCCAGGCAUGAGUAUAAAAAUAUUACAUGUGCGUCUGUCUGUCUCGUCCAAGCCAAAACGUUAACUAAUAACAACAAGUGCAGUGUAACUUAAGUUACACUGCAGUUGUUGUUAAUAGUAAUGGUUUGUUGGGUUUCAGUAUUUGUAUAUGACUUUGUCGUGACAACUCAUUAUUACAUAUGUAUGUUGCCAAAAUAUAUUUCAAAUUGUCAAGGUGCCAAACCAAUCCACCUUUAACUCAUAUAAUAUAAUAAUAAUGAUAAUCAUCAUAUAUUUAUAUUCAUAUAUAUUUCAGAGGGUGG